GAAAACGCGUCGCCGCAAUUUUCAAGUCAGAAGAAGAAGCGUUGCUUUGGAGGUUAUAUGUGCUUUCCUAUGCCGGUAUAAUUUCACAAAACACGUAAAACUAACUCUCGCUAUGAAGCUAGUAAGAUUUUUGAUGAAACUCAGCCAUGAGACGGUCACUAUUGAACUGAAAAAUGGCACACAAGUUCACGGAACGAUCACAGGUGUGGACGUGGCGAUGAACACACAUCUAAAAACUGUAAAAAUGACGAUAAAAAAUAGAGAUCCUGUUCAGCUGGAUACGUUGAGUUUACGAGGAAAUAACAUUAGGUAUUACAUUUUACCCGAUUCUCUGCCAUUGGAAACACUUCUGAUCGACGACACACCCAAAGCGAAAGCCAAGAAAAAGGAAGCAGCCAGAGGAGCUGCGAGAGGCAGAGGACGUGGAGGAAGAGGAGCGAGAGGAGGUCGUGGUGGACGUGGCAGAGGUCGAGGUCGCCGAUAGUACAUAAAAAUCUCGAAAUUCCAAAAGAAAAAAGAAGCUGGAUAUCGUGUACUUUUGUUUCAAGUUCAAUGCCAGUACCUCAAUCAACUUUUCUACUACUUUCAAUUAAUUUAAUACCAAAAAUAAUAAUCGUAUUUUAAUGUACGAUUGACGAUGUAUGAUUUGCACAUUUAAAGCGCAUGGAAGAGAAAAUGUCAUUGCUGUAUGUGAGGUGGAUGCAGUCAGUGUAAGGGAAUUUAAUAUACAUCUUCUAAAAUUACU